AUGGAAUUUCGGGAUCGGAGUUACUGUGACCGCCUAGGCUUCCCCCAUGUUAUACUUGUACUCUCCGCACCAGCUAACCUCCUCUUUUUCUGGGCAAGCUGUUGUUACAGUGAUGCAAUCAUGACUUUUUUCUUUCAGGGAUCCCUUCAGGAGGGAAUUACUGCCGCUGUCAGCGAAACCAAAGCUGUCACUUGUUUCGUCCGAGAUGAGGAAGAAUUGAGUUCUGCAUGGGAAGACGCCUAUUUUGGGGAUAAUGAAGUUGCGCAAGCACUCAACGCCAAAGCGGUUGUACUGCGCUUGACCGCAGGGUCUCAGGAAGCCGGGUUCCUAGCUUCAUUCUGUCCAGUCUCGAAGUUUCCUACUGUUGUCCUCAUCAAGAAUGGCACUUUGAAGGAGUACAUCGGGCCAGAUAUCUCAAUAGAUGACUUCCGCAGUCGAUUGAUUGCGGCUUUGGACGACCAAGUGUCACCCACACCCACAUCAGAGUCAGUGAGCAAUAGUGCUCCUCAGAUCUCAUCAACUGCUACUGCACCUGUGCCAGACACACAGCCCUCGCCCAAGGUGGAAACAAAGGCCAACCAAUCUACUCAAUUCACAAAACAGCCAGAUCAAGCUCCAGUCAAGAGUCAGAAGCAGCCUGCAAAGACUUUGCCCAAAGACACGAAAUCAUCAAAUACGAUAGGCUCUAAACCACAGAGUGGACCCAAAGAACCCAAACUUGAUAAGGGCAAAGCACCAAUGGGAGUCAAGAAACCUGCAAGCGCUACGAAGACUACAGCUCCUGCUAUGGAACCAGAGCCUAAACCAAAGGUCCCUCGAGGACCACCAUCUGAAUACCGGUUGCAGGUGCGCCUAUUCGAUGGAAGGUCGGUUCGGUCCAGCUUCGCACCUACCCAAAGUAUCAGAAAUGAUGUCCGACCGUGGCUUGACCAGCAGAUGGAAGAAGACAACCGACCAUACAACCUCAAGCAUAUUGUGAACCCACUCCCUAGUCAAACACUAUCUGUGUCCCAGGAGUCUCAACAUCUUCGGGACCUGGGUAUCGGCUCUACGGCAAACCUAGUGAUGGUCCCUGUGUCUACUUACACUGAGGCUUACUCCGCCGCAGGCAGUCUACCUGUCCGUGGUAUCUCUGCUGUCUACAACCUGGCAUCUUCCGCCGCCACCACCGCGACAGGUCUGGUUGGCUCAUUCCUGGGAUAUGGCUCAAGUGCGACGGUGCCUGAAUCUACAUCCCCAUCUGAAGCAUCCAAUGCUACCCAGCGUCCCCGGCCCUCGGGGCCUAACAUUAGAACGCUGAGGGAUCAGCAAGAUGCACGUGGGAAUAGCCAACUUUACAAUGGUAAUCAGUUGAACUUUGAACCGCGAAAGAAGCAGGACAAGGAGAAAUGA